AUGGUCCUCCUGGAGCUGUUCUUGCAGACAGCAGAUAAGCACUACAUGGUGGGACACAGGGUCCCUUACAACGUCUUCACCGACCAGCUGGUUGCUGUGCCCCGUGUGCCACUCUGGGAGGGCCGGAGGGCGGUGGUCGUCGUUGUCCACGGCGUUCUGCUCUGGCAGGAUGUGUCCAUGUGGUACAUAGCUAUGAUCAGCCGAUUCCGCGAGCAGCGCAUCCUCUGUGACGUGGAUGACCUUGUGUGCGUGGACGUGGAUGUGGGAAUGAAGUUUUGGGACCACGUGGACAUGGAGAUCCUGUCCCUCCUCUUUGGCACCCCACACCUCAGUUUCUACUGGGCAGCCCAUGAGGAGUUUAUCUACGAGCGCUGGCCACAGUCCCAGACCCCCAUCCCCAGGUACCAGGGCAACUUUUACUACAUGGGGGCCUUUUUUGGGGAAUUGGUGGUGGAGUUUCCCCGACUGACCUCGGCCUGUCACCAGGCGAUGGUGAUCAAUUGGGCCAAUGGGAUUGAGGCCAUGUGGCCCGAUAAGAGCCACCUGAACAGGUACCUGCUGGGGCACAGGUCCAACAAUGUGCUGUCCACGGAGGACCUGUGGGACCCACGGCUCCUGGGUUGGCCCCCUGUCAUGGAGAAGCUGAGAUCUAUGGCUGUGCCCAAGAAUCACCAGGACAUCUGGAA